AUUUGUAAAAGGGGAGAGAACUUGUACUAUCUCGCGGGAUUUUCUGAAAAGAAGCACAAAUAUGCCAGACAUAUAAGAGUUAAAUUGUAAUGGACAAGGAAGAUUCAGAUUCUAAUGGUAAAGGAUCACCUUCAGAUCCUGUUAAAUUUAUUAUAAUGGAUUCUCAGUAUGAGUCAGAAGAUCCAGAUAUAAUGCAUCUACCAGCUCUACAACAAUCAAAAGUACAGUCACAAAGAGGGAAAGACAGUCAGUCAAAGAUAUUAGAGAACCUAACAAGAACAACUAUAGAACAGAAAAGUGUCAAUGUUUUAGUAUCUGAUAGUGAGUAUGACAGCCAUGGUAAAUCUUCUAAAAGGAGAUCAGCAAACUCAUCAAGUGACUCUGUUAUAAUGAUUGUUGAAUCUGAAGACCAAAGUGUGGCUGAAUCAGAAGAUCAAAUGGAAGUUACAGUGAUAGAAAGAAAAGCUGAAUCUAGUAAAGGAGUUGAAAAAGAAGAAAAGUCAGAUAGCGGUUCCAGCAUUAUAUCAAGCAGCAAACAAGACUUGGGAAAAUAUGCAACUGCUGAAAUGUCCCACACACAAGGAGCAAAGCUUAGAGGUCACAUGUUUCCUAAAAGUAUUGAUCCGUCUGAGGUGGAUUUAUUUCCUGACGAUGAAGUUAUAACAGCCACACCUGCUGAACAUAUUGGAAGUCUACACUUGUCACAGCCUAUGUUAGUCCCAGAAACUGUAGACGAUGACAUGUUUGCUGUAUCACCAUCACAAGACAAUUUUCCUCAUAUUAUACCUGACUCACCAACUAAUGUUUGUAAUGAAGCUGAAGAAGAAUAUGACCCAACAGCAGAGCAAACACUGUCAGAUCAAAAUGUGGAUUUUAAUGGAACAGUUGUCAGAAAUAUAUCUCAGAAGUCUAAUAAAAGUAGGUCUGCAACCCAGGAAUCAUUCCAUCUUCACUUCAGCUGUACUGAGUAUUCACCAAAACAGACGGAAGAAGAAGCUUCAGUCCAAGUGUUAGAGAAAUCUGAAGAUGUUAUUGUUAUAAGUCAAGACGGAGAACAAGAAGACCAAGGAUUAUCACAAGAAUUUAUGUUGCAUUUAUCCCAGUCCCAGUCAACUCAAAGGGGAAGUAAAUCUAUAGAUUCUAAAUCACAGAGUAGUGAAGGUUUUCAUAUUAAACUACCAAGAGAAGAUGAUCCCCUGCUGUCAUCACAAAAUCAGUUUGACAAAGAUGUAGUCCAGGUUGAAAAUAAACAAAUAUCUCAGUCAAAACAAGUGUCAUCUCAAGGUCAGCAUGAUCAGGAAGAAGAUAUGGUUACUCAAACACCACAGUAUUUUCCAAGGCAACAGACGUCUCAAGAAUAUGUAGACAAAUUUACAAGUGAAAGGGAAGAAAAUACUUUCAGUCAGAAGACAGAUAAAUCUUUUAGUCAAAGAAUUGAAGGAAGUCAACAAAGGACACCAUUGAAGCAUCCUCCAUCUUUGUCUAUAGAAAUGAUCACAACAGAGUCACAAGUUUCUGAGCAUUCUUUCAAACUCAACAGACCAGACGUACAUGUUGGAAGUGAACAGUCUCCUCAAGAAGAUACCAGAACAGAUGUAUUUAGAAAAAUAAAAUCAUCAGACAAAUCUACUUCUAGAUACCAAAUUCAUGAUGACAGUGAUGAAGAAGUAUCAUUUAAGACAGUUGAAGGCAAAGAAGAAAAAGAAAAAGACAAGAAUUUAGAUGAAGAGAAAGAAGAUACUCCUCCAAAACUAAAAAUGAUCCGUACAAUAUCAAGUGAAGUGACUUCCACAGGUUAUCAAGGCAGCAUUGAAAGUUUACAAUCAUCAGCUCAUCCAAGAGAAACUUCAAAGCAGCCUGAAGACACUACUGCUCAGCCUGAAGACGCUACUGCUCAGUCUGAAGACACUACUGGUCAGCCAGGAUACACUACUGGUCAGCCAGGAUACACUACUGGUCAGCCAGGAUACACUACUGGUAAUCAAGGAUACACUACUGAUAGUACAAGAGACACUACAAUCCAGCAAGGAGACACUAUUGUUGAGCCUCAGGAUAAUACAUCCACACAUUCAGUCGACAUUAAUCUCCAUCCUUCAGGAGAUGCUUCCAGUCAUCCAAAUAAUUCAAUGUUGGAUGUUGACAAAACUCAAUCAUAUGACACGGAAAAGUAUUUAAAAAUUGCAGAAAAUUCUAAGGAUAAUAUUGAAAUUUUGACAACUGAAAAAGAUGUAUAUGCACUCAAUGAGUCUACUGUUGACAAUGAUAAGAUUGUUAGUGUUGAUAAUAAAAAUCUGCAAAAUGUAGAUGUCUCCAGAAAGAGUCCCCAAGUUUCAUCACAGAAGACACCAUCUCAGAACUCUAGCACACAAGAAGAACAAUUGAAAAAUGUAAAAAAGAAUUCCAAAACUGUUACAGUGAAAACAGCUAAAAGUUUUAAAGAAAUAAAUGUAAAUGUUAGAAAUAAUGGUAGUGGAAGAGAGACAUGCAACAAGGAACCUGAAUUGACUGGAGCACAACAUGAUCCGUAUGAAUUCCAUGGUAGUCAGUCACAAAUUACAGAAGAUAUUGAGAUGAAAAAGCCUGAUGAAAGCAAAGUUAACCCAGUGGAAUACUAUAGAACAAGAAGGAUUCCAACACAGCCUGGUGAAACUCCACCUUCAUCCAGAAAAAGGAAAAGGAAAGUCCAUAAAAAGACCGGUCUGAAAAAAAAACCUGCAAAAAAGUCUGCAACAGAACAUCAUGUCUGUUUCAGUAGUCCUGUAACUGAAAGUCUGACCACUCCACCGUCACAAACAAUUAGUGCCAAAAACCUGUCCUCUUUAUCAGAAAAAUCAGAACUUUCUAAAUAUCCAGCAGCUUUAGGGAGUAUUCCAACCAGGACUGGUCAACAAAUAUCAUCAAUAUAUUCACCUCCUCAGGACAGGAUUGAAGAAGAUUUUCAGAAUCCUAAUACACCUGUAACUGUGUUAAGAGAACCUAUAGUAGCAGAUCAACAACAUUCACCCACCACAUCCACAGAUAUGGGCCCUCCAACAUCAGUCCCAUUGUCUGCUAGGAGUCCCACCACAUUGACAGUAGUAUCAGCACUUUCAACUGUUACAACACCAUCAACAACAGCUGGCAUGCUGACUAGAACAGAAACAACACCUUCAACAACAGCUGGCAUGCUGACUAGAACAGAAACUCUAGUGUUGCCAGAAAGUGGUUCUCAGUUAGAACCUGGUCAGGAUGUACAAGAUGACAUUAGAAUCAAAACUGUAACAACUACUUUAGUUACUUACAAGAUUGUGGAAACAGUGGAGAAAAUCAAAUUCAAAAAUGGAACUGUCAAAGUUUUAUCACAACACACAGAAAAAAUUCCAAUAAAAACACUUCAAAAGAAAACAGAAACAACUGAAGAAUACAUCAUGUCCCCUAUGUCACCUUCAAAGACUAACAGUACAGUGACCUCUGGUGACCUUGGAGAUAUCAGUUCUUCACUUUCAAGGUCAGGAAGUAGUGGUCCAAAUUCAUUAGAUGUCAACAGACUUGGAUCAGAAGUUGUGGUAUCUCAGUCAUUAGAAUCUGCAGUGUCAAGGAAUAUAUUAUUGUUGAGGGAACAAGUGACAGCAAGCCCUAGAGACAUUCACCACGUAUCAGGAUCAGAAACUUAUUCACCUCUGGAGGUAUCCAGUAUACAUAGGGAUGUGGAUCGUAGAUUAAGCUCAGAAAAUCUGUUCACAAGUCCCGACACUUCUAAAGGAGAAGAGGAGGUCAAGAGAAUUGAGACUGGUAGCCUUUCUGAUGCUAUAACUUGUGCACAGAGGAAAAUUGUAACUGAACCAGUUCAAAGAAGUGGCGAAGAGUCAGAACCUCUGUUUAUAUUACCAAAGCCAACAACCACUGGGUCAAGUGCCGAGAGCAAUGAAAUUAGCCCAGAAAUACCAUAUCAGGACCAAGCUAUAUCCACAACUAAGCCAGACAAACAAGAUGACAAAAAUGUGGAAGUGACAUCCAAAGAAAUAGAUGCAAGAAUAAUGGCAAAGUGGAAGGACACUCACUUUUAUCCUGGAGUUAUAAAGGAAGUGUUAGGAAAAUCAAGAUAUAAAGUAAGAUUUGAUGAUGGUGAUGUUCUGGUUAUAAAAGGCUGUGAUAUACUUUUGAUUGACAAGUUACCUGUCAGUCAACCAGUGAUGGUACUAUCUAAAGAUGGCUAUUUUUAUCCUGGUACCAUUACAGAGGAAACAGAGAAAGGGAAUGUUAUUCAGUAUACAGUGCUCCAAGGCAAUGGUCAGAGUGCAAAGUUCAGAUCCAGCCAGGUAAUACUAAGUGAGGACCAAGCUGCUUGUCUCAUAGCAGACUUACAAUGUAGGCUUGGUGACCAGUCUGAAGACACUGAAGAACCUACUGUGCAUAAUGCCAAUGUUAGCUUAGAAAAUUUAGUAAUGGGAAAGAGAAGGAAAGAGAGUAGAUAUGAACAACUAAACAUGUCAACUGAGGAGCCAAAGCCAGGACCUAGCAGUAAAAAGAAGAGUAAAACUCCAUUUUCUCCUACUCCUGGCAAAAGAAAAAAGAUUUCCGGACCUUCUACCAGUACGCCAAGAGUUGCCAAACGCAGGAAAAUAGCAGAAGAUGCUGAAACAGAAUCUACUACUGCUCCUAGUGGAGAUACAUCCCCAAUUUCUCAUAGAAAAUCUCCUCGUAAAGGGAAAGGUCCAGCUAAAUCACCACAGAAAUUGUUCCAAGGAAUGUACUUCAUGUUCACCCAGGUGAAGAAAACAACUGAUAUUGUAGCCAGAGAAAAAGAGAUGUUACGAGACUCUGCACAGGAGACGUCUGCCGAGGAAAGUGGUCCUGAUGAUGAAGGGAAGGUUCCAUUUGAUAAAGACUUCUUGAAAAGCCAAAUAACCAGAGAAGGUGGAAUCAUAUUGCAUACAAUAAACAACAGUUUUUUACAGAACAAUUCAUCCAUGUUCCUGAUAUCAAAUUCAUAUGUACGGACAGUGAAAUAUUUCCAAGCAUUGGCAGCUGGUUACCCUUGUGUGUCACAUCGAUGGAUUAUAGACUCAGUAUCACAGCAAACACUUCUAGACUAUAAAUCCUAUAUGUUACAAGCAGGAAUCAGUAUAGAGAAGAAAAAGAAAGUAGAAUGGAAUGCACACAGAGGAGAUUUAAAGGAUAUGACUGUAAUGUUAGAGGGUGAGAACUUGGCAGAAUGGUCAAACAUAUUGGAAAUAGCUGGAGCUAAUUUAGUCAAGAAAUUACACAGCAGAAGAGCUACUGAUGAAAUUGUACAAGUUGUUGUGACAGACAAUUCUUGUAAACCCCAGAUUCUACGAUCAGCUAGAACACUUAGAACUCCUGUAGUAUCAACUGAGUGGUUAAUCCAGUGUUUAAUCAAUGGUCAUCUGAUGGACUUCACUGGACAUCCUAUGUAUGAGUAUGACUAUACUGACAGCCAAGUCAUUUGAGACAUAUAGUUAUUAUAGAUUUUUUCAGUGUCUCUUUAUGUUGGACAACUCAUGAACAUUUGGUUGAUUUCUAUGGCUCAUAAAGAUACAUUUCUUAAAUUUCCACAUCUAAUGGACUGUUGUCUCAGAUAUUACCAUGCAAUUACAAUGCUUUGUUGGAAUUUAAUGAGUAAAUCAUGGCUCACUGUGAUAUAUACAUCAUACUUCAUUCCCCACUGAUGGACUUCACUGGAUGUCUCAGAUAUCACUAUGCCAUUACAAUGCUUAGUUAUAACUACUUUAUUAUUGGAUAAGACACGGAAUAUAAUGAAAAAUCAUUGCUCACUCUCUCAGUGGUAUAUUUCAUAAUUCAUUGACAACUGAUGGACAUUCCUGGGAACCUAUGGCUGAAAAAUGAUGGACUACUAUUUAAAAACAUUGAAUUGAUAAAGAAGCUGCAAGCAUCAGCUAUUUGACAGUAAUGAGAAAAAAAUACAAUUUCAAAUCUGACUCUUUAUCAUUAAAAUAAUAUCAUUAUUGUUCUUACAUAAAUGAUGUUAAUUCUUUUUCAUAUUAACAAGUUUUUCAAGAUCAUUUUUUAAACUUAUAAAUUAUUUACAAUUUAAUUCAUCAUGAAAAUGAUAUCAUAAUUAGUCAUAAGAAUGAUUUGUCAUGUUAAAGAAUAUAAGGAAAAAAAUGUCAAGACAGAAAAUUUGAUUGAAUUAUAAACAUGAUUAUGUGUAGAUAACUUUUAAACAAUAUGAUGGUUUUGAAUUUCUCUUCUGAUCUGGAAAGAUUUUAUUUAAAAUUCUUUUUUGUUUUGUUUUAAGAAACCACAUGGAUUUUUUUUAUGCAGACCUAACAGAAUACAUAUAGUAAAAAAUAUAUUUUAUUAUUAAAAAAAUAGAAAGAAUUAUACGGAUCCAUAAAAUUUACGUUUUAAAAAAAGUGAAGGAUAUUUUACAAAAUUGUGGUUCCUGGUUCUCUUUGCUAUAUAAAUUUGUCAAAACAGUUGGUAUGAUGAUAAAAAAAUGUGAAAGACAACUUCCCGGUGUACAAAUUAUGGAACUAGAAAGAUUUUCAGCUAAAUUUUUAUUUUGCUCAAUCAAACUAUUUCCAUUACUAUUUGAAAUUGUUUUCUGUUUAUUUUGUUGUUUUUCAUGAAAAUUGGACUAAAUAGGUUAUGUGAUGACCUUGAGAUAAUAACUGCUUCCAGUGAUCUUCGAUGGGUGACUGUCUCAUUGGCAAUUCCAAAAUGUGUUAUUUUUAAGAAAUGUUUGUUUCUGUUCACUAUAAAUGCAUGAUGGUGAUAUAGAAAAGAAACAUUUAUCAUAUGCCAAAAACAUUAUAGAAUACUCUAGAUAUUAAUCAAUCAUUAGAUAUGAUUAUUUUAGUAAUAGUUUUUAAGAUUGUUAUUGUUUGUUUUAUUGUUAGUUAUGAUACAGUGUUGAAUGUAAUAAUUAUUUUAUAUUUUUCUUACAUUUUUAAUAUUGUUUUUUUUGUUUCAAAUGUUCCUGUAUAAGUAAUGAAUUGAUAACAAUAUUUUUAACUGUCACAAACUGUUCAUGCUAGUUAGAAAUGUUGAUCAUGUUGAUAGGUGCUAAUGAUUUUUGUUUGUGUUUGUAUAGUAUAUUAAAGAUGAAUGCAUUUUAAAUUGA